AUGACGAUGGACCGAGAGAAGGAGAGAGAGAUAGAGCUAGAGAGUGCAAUGUACACUAAUUGUUUGUUGUUGGGACUGGAUCCGUCGAUCAUCGGCGUCGGAGCCAAUAACGGUACCCCUCGGGUUGGACUCUUCCGUCACUCUAACCCGAAAUUGGGCGAACAGCUUCUAUACUUCAUCUUAUCCUCUCUCAGAGGUCCAAUUCAAUCCGCAAAGGACUUCGAUAGAGUCUGGCCAAUUUUUGAUUCGGCACAGUCGCGUGACUUUAGAAAGGUUGUACAAGGGAUAAUAAGUGAGCUGGAAUCGCAAGGGGCACUUCCAAGAAGCAAUUCAAGGGUUUCGUCUCUUGCUACAUGUUGUGGACCCAGAUUCGUUGAACUUUUGUGGCAACUUUCUUUGCAUGCUUUGCGAGAGGUUCAUAGACGAACGUUUGCAGCUGAUGUAGCUUGUAACCCACUGCCUGCUUCGCUAACAGAUGUAGCUUUCUCGCAUGCGGCUACACUGCUUCCUGUCACAAAGGCUCGAAUAGCACUUGAAAGAAGGCGGUUUUUGAAAAAUGCAGAGACAGCAGUGAAUAGACAGGCUAUGUGGUCAAAUUUAGCUCAUGAAAUGACUGCAGAGUUCCGUGGUCUCUGUGCCGAAGAGGCUUAUUUGCAGCAAGAGCUGGAAAAACUGCAUGACAUGAGGAACAAGGUGAAGUUGGAAGGUGAACUGUGGGAUGAACUUGUGUCCAGCUCAAGUCAGAAUUCUCAUAUGGUUCAAAGAGCUACUCGUUUAUGGGACUCUUUAUUAUCUCGUACGAGUAAGUACGAUUAUCUGCUAGAUCUUUACAGCUAUUGA